AUGCCUGAUGGAGAAUUCUCCCACCUUGAUGUUUGGACACCUGCUGAGGUGAACAAAUGGGUCUGCAACCUUUGUCAGGACAAUAAGCCCCAUGAUCGGCGAGCAGUGCAGAAGCAUGAGAGGACCUGGUCACAUCAAGAUGCAGUCAAAUAUCAUUCGAGAAGGCAGCAGCAUCACAGGAAUGGUUCAAUGGUACCUGAAGCUCAAUCUAACUCCAUCAUCGAGCUACGUUGUCUUCUCGAUGACAUGGCUAGCACUCCCAAUUUUGAGCCGGGUGACUCAGCAGACAACAUUGACAACUACUCAGUCACGAAGGCAAUGAUCGUGCAAGGUUUAAGAGACUUUUUAGAUGAAGAUGACCUCUCAGAUGAUCAGGGAGCCGAAAUAUCAGAAGAUGAAGAAGUUUUUACGGGGCAGACAUGGCACGAUGAUGACAACCAGGCUGGUGAUGCUUCUAUUGGAACUGGCAGUGAUAGAAAGUGUUCUCGAAAUCAAAUCGUGAAUGAGGAAUGGUUUCCGUGGCCUGAUAAGAUUGUAAGGUCGUCUAUCAACCUGCCAACUGUUGUUGAUCCAGUGGUGUUCUAUCAGACGUGCACACUUGAUAUUCUCAUGCACCUUCCACGCUCUGUUUUUUCAGAACGACAGAUUGAUAUUUUACUCUGGCUACUUCGGGUCAACAAUGUAGUCGAUGUACCUUCGGUGAAGUCUGUCAAACUCAUCAAAGACACUAUUCAACGAUUAUGUGGUAUCCAUUCAAUCCCUUAUGAAGGUGCUCUUGGCCAUAGGUACUAUGUUAACUCGCUGCCUGACAUUAUUCGGCAGUUGUGUUUGAAGAAAAUGAUGAAUCCUCGUGUUCGGCCACUGUUACACUUCUACCCUGAAGAUACCGGUGUGGAACUGAAUGAAGCUCGACAAGCUAAAUGUUGGCUUGAGGAACUUGACCCGGAGCUGCUUACGCCUGUUGUCAGACUGCACAACCAAGAUUUCUUUGUUUUUGAGCCUGCAUUACUAUCGAGCGGCCAAGCCUGCAUUCCAUUUCGGUGGUUCAUACGUGGCGGGAAGAUGUACACUAAAGCUUGGUCAUUGCGGCCUGUCACUCGUGAACUGGAUUGCGGUUGGGUUGUAGAAUAUUUUCAUUCAUUUGAAGUAUCAGAAGAUAAUCUUCUUGUAUCAUUCCGAAACUGGGAUUCGAGCAAAGCCACAUCUGGUCUACCUCGUGCAUACUCGAUAUAUGGUGUAGAACGUGAACUUAAUGGCAAAUUGCAGCCAUGGACAUUAACCAAUCCUUCUGAAGGCAAUCAAUGGCGUGUUCGGGCAUCAGACCAACUUGAGUCAGUAAGAUUUGUUGUGAGCAGGCAAGUGGAAAUAACGAUGCUGGUAAAAUUUAGGGAAUCAUGGAAGCAAGGCAUCUGGGCCUGGGACUGUGUCCACGAGGAGUAUGUUCUUGUCAUCCCGUCCAUCUUGGCCUUGCUCGGGGACAACCCCAUGCAAAUGAAGGGGCACGAUGCAAGUGUGGAGAGCAAUCCUGCACGAGCAGCUGCUGCACAACCUGAAGAUACCGACCAUAGUGUUGGUGAGAUAGGAGAACCACGUCACAAGGAUGAAACUAUCGCUGAACUCAAGUCAAUGUUCAUUCAUGCGUCAACAGUCGGGAAUCAGACCCAGAUCAAACAAAGGAAGACUUCUAUGGGCAUCAAGGACACCUUUCUGGACUCAUUCUUGAAUCGCCUAGCUGAAUCAUACUGCAAAAUCCGGGGUGGCAAUAAGGCAAAACAGGAAGUGCUUGAUAGAGUUAAAGAGACACUGCCUGAAAAUGUCAUAAGUCCUGUGUGGCGAAUCAAAGGUAUCGAUCCUCACACCGACACACCUGUGGAAAUCCUCCACACAGUCCUUCUUGGGUUUGUCAAAUACCUUUGGUGCGACGUUGUCUCUGUGAGAAUCGGAAAAGACAAAUUGAAGCGGGAACUUUUAGAAACUCGCCUAUCAUCUGUUGACGUCUCAGGUCUUGGACUCAGCCAUCUCGCUGGUCACACCCUCGUUCAAUAUGCAGGAUCUCUUGUUGGUCGUGAUUUUCGUGCUAUCGCACAAGUUGCACCAUUCGUGCUUCAUGACUUGGUACCCACAGAAUGCUAUGAUACUUGGGUUGCAUUAUCAAACCUAAUACCACUCAUCUGGCAGCCUGAAAUCGAAAACUCCAUGGAACAUUUAUGCAAUCUUACAACAUCGAUCAAUAACUUUCUUGCGUGCACCGCCAGGUGGACUCCCCGAUGGUUCAAUAAGCCUAAAUUUUAUGUUCUAUUACAUGUCGUUGACCACAUUCGACGAUUUGGGCCAGCUGCUUUGUUUGCGACAGAGGCAUUUGAGUCCUUCAAUGCUGUCAUUCGUGCGAAAACCUCUAAUCCCUCAUCAGACAAGCCACCAGAUGCCAUAAACAUCAAAGUUGUUGGAAAGGGUCCAUUGUCACUUGUUCAACGGCCAAAUAUUAUUACUGACUACCUCGGACUCGACACACAUGCUGACACUAAAAAAUACGGUAAAGUUCAAUUUUACAUGAGUUCCAACUUUGAGAAAUACAAUACUAAGGGACAUAAUUUCCGUACUUGCAAGUCCAUGGUGCUUUUCAAUGGGGAUGUUUGUAAGAUAGGAGAUUGGGUUCUCGUAGUGGAUGGCACAGCAGAGCAGUCUCCAAUUGUAGCGUGUAUUCGAGAAAUUAUUCAGCGCCAAGGCUCGGAUGCAGAUAACCUUCUGUGUCCAGAUGCAAUUCUUCUGGAACGCGGAAGUGUUGGCGAACCGGCAGCAUCCUACUCUAUGCCCGCAGUCAGGGCACAUGGUGGUUUUUUGCUCUAUCCUGUCGAGCAUCAAUGCCGAGUACACAAAUGCAUGAGCUUGGCCUCCGAUGUUGAAUUUGUUUACGAAGAACGGGCGAAGACAUCAAAAGCUAAGGCUGUGAUACAUCACAUCGGGGACCCUCAUGACCUUGUUCUCAACACCGCACGGAUGCGAGACACAAAGCACAUGCAGGGCCUUCGGGUACCUAUUCAGCCGCAAGAUAUGAACCUCGCAAUCCUCGAGGGUGCUGCAAGGGAGAUUCGGACACGCAAUGACACCACUGGUGGAGCUUCCACGACAUCUAUUAUAGCGGCAGCACAUGGACCACAUGCUAAAGGCCGACAAGUUAAUAGAUCACUACAGCAACACCGGCCAUCCUUGCUGCAGUACCGACUACCGCCAAACAUUCUUAUUACAACAACAAAACUGAAAUUAUACCUUGAGGCCAUCCUUGCUGCAGUGCCAACUACCACCAAACAUCCUUAUUAUGACAACAAAACCGAAAUUAUACCUUGA